AAAUACCUAGAUAUCUUAUGAUGACAGUUAUCAAUGACAGUUGAAUCCUGGUCAUAAAAGACCUGUUUGUUUAAUUUGAAAACAAAAAAUGGAAGAUACAUGAAAGGAACUGCAGUUAGAAUAAACAUCCAUGAGCCCUGACUUCUGUGUAUGUGAUUGCUGUACUUACACUCUCCAAUAAUAUUGAGUUUAUGGAUUAAUCUGUGGAUACCUUCAUAUCAGAAGAUUGGAUACAUCCAGAAUUGCGAGAUGGAUUGGAGGGAGACCACCUUGCUUGCUCUCACGCUGCUUGCUGCUUGUAUCUCACCUAUUUCAGGUAUACAUGAUGUCAUAGAGGUCUACACACCAGACUACAGUGAGUCAUAUCGCUAUGUGAAAGGAUUGGCCUUUGAUAAUGGUUACAUUGUAUUUAUGGUGAAGACAUGCCACAAUGCCCAUAUACUUCUCUCAGCAGAAGAAAAUCUUGCAGAGACAAGUGAUAAAACUUAUGAAAUUGUCCUUGGAGCUCACGAAAAUUUCUUCACAGAGAUACGUGUGGGUGGAGAAAUGAAGGCUCAGAAAAAGACAAAUGCAAUGAUGGAAAAGACUGGGAUGCGGACAUUUUGGAUAAUGUGGAAGGACAAUUAUGUUGAUGUAGGGCGAGGCUUUAUUCAAGGAUAUGACCGAUUAAUUCACUGGAAGAUUGAAGAGCCCUACAAGCAUGAUGUGGCUGCCAUUGCCUUCCACACAGGCUAUGAGUGUGAGGGCACAUGGAUGUUCAAGGAAUCUAAAGUGGCAACUAAGGCACUAGGAAUGGAUGACUUCUCCAAUGAAUCAGAAGGAAAUAUCAUAGUGUACACACCAACUCAGUUCAAGUACCGUCUCAUCAAAGAAUUCUUUGAAGACCAGAAUGAUAGACCUACGUCUAUCAUUUUCAGCGUGAAAGCUUGCAAAAAUGCAAUGAUUGCACUCUCGAGAUACCCCACAAGUACAAACAUAGACACAACUGAUAUUGUCAUAGGAGCUGAUAACAGAGAUUGCAAGAUGCGAACACGGAAACCAACGUCAAAAUUGAUACGUAAAGAGGCACAGGUUAAGGACAUUCUCAAUUGUCACCAAUGGCGCUGGUUUUGGUUGUCAUGGAAUGAUGGGAAUAUAAGGUUUGGAUCGGGACGUGAAGUGGGAGAGAAUGUUGUUCUAGAAUGGUCACCAGUGGAAGGUGAGAAACAUGAUGUCAUAUCUAUCUGGAGUUCCACCCAAUUCACUGAAGGAGAGUGGCAUUUCCCUGGUCUGGACCAAAUGUAGAGAAAAUACACAUUUAACAUGGCAUCUUGGUCAUUUUGGUUGAAAUGCUCUCAAAAAUGAGAUUAAAUACCUUUGUAAGCAUGCAAAUGGUAAGCGAUAAUUGAAAAAAAAAACAAAUUAAACCCAUUUUUUGUUUAAUAGAUUCUAAUGACAUUUUAGCUUUUAUCAAUUCAAUAAUUUUGAGCAAUUCUUCAGAUAAUAGCAGAAUUACAUUGUUAUUGUUUAUCCUUGAAUAACAGUCAUAGUAAUUUGACUACAGCCUCAGCUAUGUAUUAAACACACAAGUCUAAUACAUUUAAUAGCACACAUUUUCUCCUUGUGAGAUCUUGGAUACAACAAUCAUUUGAUGCCUUAAGAUACAUGCUUAAUGUGAAAUCUGUACCUCAUCUUUGCUAAGAAGUUUGGAAGAACACUUAAAUACUAAUUGAUUCACUAUUUUCUUAGAUAUUACUUAACAUUUAUGCCAUUUCUGAGAACUUUUCCCAUGUUAAAAACCCAAUACAAUUAAAUGUGAAUUAAUGUAAAUUUGGGCUCUAUGUUUUAAGAGAUUUAGCAAGAAAUGUUAAGAAGGGCUCUGUCGCUCAGUGAACUGAAUACUCUAAACUCAUUUCAAAAACACUUAGGCAUGUAUCAAAUCAUUACAAUAUAGAAGAGAAUAUAGAGUGAAUUCAUUAUUAACGACUAAUACAAGGCAAGAGUUUGAUUUUUACUUGUAUUUUGUGAUGUUGCUCUUUGUGAUACCUCAAAAUGUAGGCGAGGUACUCAACUUAAUUAACCAAUGUUAAAACCAUCAAGGUAAUAACACAAUAGAAUGAACUGUAUUUUAUUUUGAAGAAUGUACAGUUGUAACAAAGAGUACAUUCUUUGUUUCUAUUGUUUU